AUGCCAACAAAAAUAGCAACAUACACAUCGUCUAUGAAAAUACCAUCUACACUCUUCAUUGAAGGUGUUCUUCUACAGAACACACAGGUCAAAUUGUCAUACAUCCACGUCCAAUUCAUAGAUAAUCUGCAUUCCGCUCAGCUGGAUCAGUUCUCAGACAUCCUUGCUCUGGAUGGAGCCCACAUUCCUGUGCACAGCAUCGAGGAAAUAUCACUGUCAUACCACAAAUCAAUAGUUUGGAGCAAAAACAUAAUCGAAGCAGUUGUCUCAUUCAUAAACCAUAUGCAAGGCACUCUGUCAACCAAUUAUAUUGUUCUCUGCACUAAUCAAGGUAUGGAGCUGAAAGAAAGGUCAUGUGAUGCAAUACACACCAAAUCUCCAUUCACUCCACCACACACACUCCAGCACCUUUCAGAUUUCAAUUCAUCCCACUAUCUGCAUUCUAGAUUUAUCAGCUUGCAUAGACAGAAGAAAAAACCAAUAGAAACAAUAUUUACUCGUUUGAAUAAAGCAAGCCAAAAACACUGCAGCAUAGAUUAA